UGGAAUUCUUAACUAUCAACAGGAACUGACUGAGGAGCAGCAGUGUUGUUGCAAGCGUUAGAGCUGCCACUGCGGUCUGAACCUCCUGCAGUGGGGUGAUUAUGCGGCCGGCUCUGCGUCUAUAAAACGCGGCUUCAGCAGAGCUCAGCCCAGGCUUUUGGGGGCGCAUUCCUCGGAGUAGCUCUUUCGUCCUGUUUUCCCUGAUGGAGGGAAGCGGAGCUCCUGCUGAGGACAUCCUCCUCCGGCGUCCCUGGCUUCCCGUGAGCAUCAGUGGGUGCCAGCUCCUGACCAAAAGCUGGUUCGGUGAGACGGCGUACCAUAUCCUGCUCACCGACAUGCACUGUGUGUGGGAGGAGAGGAUGGACACAGCAGACAUCCAGAGCAGAGCACAGGAGCUUAACAGGCGUUUGCGAGCCCCAGUCAAAGCCUUCUUCACUCACCUGUGUGAGGUGGUUAAGCCCUGCCUGGCGGGAGUCGGAAGCCAGACUGAAAACGAGGUUCAGAUCUCGCUGACGAGACAGGAGGAUGGUAGCAUCAACAUGAGGCUGAAGAGCGAGCUGGCAGGGCUCCCUUUCUACUGGGAGUUUCACUGCACCCCUGCCCCAGUAGCUUUGGUGUGCAUUCAGCUAGUGCGCCCCCUGGUGACGAUGAGCCGCCUGCUGCAGCGGCAGGUGGAGCAGCUGGGAGGUCUGCUGGUGAGGAAGGACGCUGAGAUCCAGGACUACAGAGAGAAUGGAGCCACGCUCAGCAGAGAACGGCUGCAGACAGAUGUUUUUGAGGAGCAAACCCACAGAGAAGACUUCAUUGCAAAGGCUCUUCCUCUGCUGUGUUCUGAACAACAGGAAGCUCUGGGCUUCGAUGGCGAUCUUCAGGAGCUGUAUGCCGCCGUCGUCACUCACGGAAGUGCACGAAAGCGCAAACUGCCGGAGCAGCACUCUGCUGAGGAGGUCGAACACGGCAACAAAGAGCCAGAACUCGUCUUAAACGCUUCAGCCGGCGGAUCUGUCAGCAGUGAAUCGGCUGAUGGGAAUGAAAAACAGACCAACAACGGGGAGCCGGAAACACGUGGAGCCAAGAUGGUCAACAGACCCAAAAUGCAGCAGUCUCUUCCUGUCACAUCCACCGCUGCAGAGCGACCGGCCUCCAAACCGAAGAAGAAGAAAGUCGGCCUGUUCAGAUGAUCUCGAGCAGUAGGACGCACACACAAUGAUGAAUUUAGAAAAAGUGCCGUCCUUUAAAAACGCUUCUUAUUGAAUUUUUACACUCUUAAGGACAUUUUUACAAACCUACUUUUAAAAAUGUUUAGAUUUUAGACUAAAAGUGUCAUUAAAUAAAUAUUUUUUUCUAUUUUUACCAUUUUUGUUAAAAAUAGAAAUAGAAAAACCACUGUGAGAUCAGGUUUUCUUUUUGAUGAUUGUACUGAUGACUGACAGCUGGUAGGUAGGUAAUUUCUUGUUCUUUUUAGGUUUUAAUCAACGAUUAACCUUCAUGUAUCUUUAACUAGGUGUGAAAUGUUUUUAAAGAAGUCAUAUUGCCAAUUAAAGGUAUACAUGUAUUUUUAAUGGGUGUUUAUGUUUGUUAUUUGUUAUGUAAACCACAGAAUUUUUAAAAAAUUUGAACAUAAUAAGAGAUUAAACUCAAAAACAGCUUUCGAAGGAAUAUUAAGUUUUUAAUUUUAUAAAAUAAAAGCUUCAACUUUUCACUAAAACCAGCUUUCUAUUUUUCCGCCAAUCUUAAGUAGUUGCUUUCUCCGUGACCCAGACAGUCGGAGCACAAUGAGCAGACAGCGGUCGAUAGAGGAGCCGCUCUCCUUUUUCAGGGCUCAGUGAGAUGUUGACUCAAGGUGUUGCAGCAUGUCGGGAAUGCUAUUGAAGUUUUAGUUUGAGAAGUCAGUGUUUGCCUGCAUGGCUCCAAAGAGUUUCUGUGUGAGAGACAUUUGUUAAAAAAAUUUUUUUUGCAGUUUUCUGCACUGAAAGAGCAGGUUAUUGUUAUUCAUUUAAGUGACAAAUGCUGCUUUCAUUGUCAAAAGAAAGAAGGUGGUGAAACAUGAGGGUUGUGUAAUUCCAUUUCGGUUGUUUAUUUGCAAAAAUCAAUCAUAUCACAUCAUGAUUUUGUCUCUUUGAUCACCUGUGUGUUCAGAUUUGUUGAUCAGAGAUACCUGAGAGUAGCUUUGGACACCAGCCAAUCAGAAUUGUCCCUCUUUCACGACAGACAACACAGACAGAUGUUUCUGAAUGUAAAUGAGGGUUUAUUAAAUUAAUACAACCAGGAAAUAGAAUUACUGCUCUAUAAGCUUCUACAAGUUUAACAUGGCAGAAAAACUGUUUUUGAUCCACAGACUGUAUAUAGAAGAUGGAUGUAGCCACUAUGGCAUCACCCGAAUGGUAUUUGGACUCAAUUUGGAAGCUUCAGUGUUAGCAUUUUGGUUGCUGCAUUGUUAGUUUUCUUGAGGCAGAAGUGAUCACGUUUUG